AUGGGCAAGGGAAUCCAUUUGUUUGGGAACGUAUUGAUUCCGGAAGGGGUGGCAUUGCUAGUACGAAAAAAGCGAGAAAAAAGAAAGGAAAAACGCGGCCAAGCGCAAUCUCACCCCCAGCCUCCGGCCACACACAUGCACUCUCGCCUUCAGGCUUCUUCUCGUCAUGUCGCAAAAAAAACCAACCAGAAACCUUUUCCCGAAUUCAUCAUAACCCCAUUGUCCCAAAAAACGGCCGUAUUUAGGAUCAGUGGGGAGAAGAGUGGCGUCAGUGGCAUGGGAAAGGUUUCAGUUGCUUAG